AUGUGGGUGUAUGUUUCAUGUGUUUCAGGGAUAUAUCUGCACUACCCCGGGGGAUAUACCUGCACUACCCCAGGGGAUAUAUCUGCACCCCCCCAUGGGAUAUACCUGCACUACCCCCGGGGGAUAUACCUGCACUACCCCGGGGGAUAUAUCUGCACUACACCGGGGGAUAUACCUGCACUACCCCGGGGGAUAUAUCUGCACUUCUCCGGGGUAUAUACCUGCACUACCCCCGGGGGAUAUACCUGCACUACCCCCGGGGGAUAUACCUGCACUACCCCGGGAGAUAUAUCUGCACUACCCCCGAGGGAUAUACCUGCACAACCCCCGGGGGAUAUACCUGCACUACCCCCAGGAGAUAUACCUGCACUACCCCGGGGGAUAUACCUGCACUACCCCCGGGGGAUAUACCUGCACUACCCCCGAGGGAUAUACCUGCACUUCCCCGGGGGAUAUACCUGCACCUCCCCGGGGGAUAUACCUGCACUACCCCCGGGGGAUAUACCUGCACUACCCCUGGGGCUAUACCUGCACUACCCUGGGGGGAUAUAUCUGCGCUACCCCCGGGGGAUAUACUUGCACUACCCCCAGGAGAUAUACCUGCACUACCCCUGGGGAUAUACCUGCACUACCCUGGGGGGAUAUAUCUGCUCUAUCCCCGGGGGAUAUACCUGCACUACCCCGAGGGAUAUACCUGCACUACCCCCGGGGGAUAUAUCUGCACUACCCCCUGGGGAUAUACCCGCACUACCCCCGGGGGAUAUACCUGCACUAGCCUAUAAGGAUAUACCUGCACCUCCCCGGGGGACAUACCAGUACUACCCAGGGGGAUAUAUCUACACUACCCCGGGGGAUAUACCUGCACUACCCCGGGGGAUAUACCUGCACUACCCCCGGGGGACAUACCUGCACUACCCAGGGGGAUAUACCUGCACUACCCCCGAGGGAUAUACCUGCACUUCCCCGGGGAUAUACCUGCACCUCCCCGGGGGAUAUACCUGCACUACCCCCGGGUGA